AUGGAGUGGACGUCGAUCGUGGCAGCACGACGGUUCCUUCUCCCUACUACAACUUACGCAUGGCGACGUUCGUCAUAUUCGACGGCACCCCCUUCGUCACCAUCGGUAAUCUUUCCACGGACUCGGAGCGAGCUGGUGGGAUCUUUGCCCCCGGUGUACCCGUCGGAUCUUGCCGAAGCCAUCCGAAAAGACGUGGCCGCUGUGGGUCGAAUGCUCGUGGUGCUAGAUGACGACCCUACCGGCACGCAAAGUGUGCACAGCGUGCCCGUCCUGGCGGAGUGGUCCGUCGAUAUUCUCGUCAAAGAGCUGAGAUCUCCCGGACGAUAUCGCGUCAUGUACCUCAACACGAACGCGAGGGCCCUGCCGCCUACCGAGGCCUCCGAGCUCUUCGAGGAAAUCGCAAAAAAUCUCCGAGCGGCAUGUCGAAUCACGGGGGUCGAGGUGUCGAUGGUAUCGCGAGGAGACUCUACUUUGAGGGGACAUUUCCCCAGCGAUUUGGUCUCGCUCGAAAGAGGAAUGAGGGUCCAGCACGACGCUUGGAUAGUGGUCCCCUUCUUCAAGGCCGGCGGUAGGAUCACAGCUGGAGACGUCCACUUCGUCGAGCAGCAAGGAACAACGGCAGCAACACCGCCAGGAUCGGGUACCGACAACGACGACGACGCCGUCGCCCUAAUCCCCGCGGGCGAAACGGAGUUCGCCCGUGACAAGGCGUUCGGGUAUCGCUCGUCGAACCUCGUCGACUGGAUCCGCGAGAAGGCUUCGGUGGCGGAAUCGGACAAGGGGCGAUGGCGGCAGCCCCCCACUGCAACCGAGCGCGUGGUGUCCGUGUCGCUGAGAGAUCUGAGGGAAGGGGGCCCGCCGGUGGUGAGGGAGCGGCUGGGGGAAGCGAAAGGAGGCUGCGUGGUCGUGAAUGCCGUCGAGGAACGAGACUUGCAGGUUUUUGUUAAGGGGAUGCUGGAAGAAGAGCUGGAAGGGAAAAGAUUCCUGUUCCGGAGCGCCGCGGACCUGGUUGCCGUGAGAGGUGCGGUCGACCGCCGGCCUCUUCUCGCUGCGGAGGAUUUCGACGCCUUAAGGGUGAAGGCGGGGGAGGCCGGGAGCGAAGGCGGUCUGACGGUUGUCGGGUCUUACGUCGCCAAGACAACGGAGCAGCUGCAACACUCCUUGGAGGCCAUGGAUGCCGAGGGGGUGGAGCUCCGCGCAGCGGAGGUCGUCGGGGACGGUCAAGAGGGGAUAGCGGCGUCUCGGCAGGAAGUGGAGAGAGUGCGCGCGGAGGUGAGCCUCCUCCUCUCCCGAGGCACCGACGUGAUCCUGUACACCAGCCGGGGCGUGCCCCUUCAGGGAGACGGGGCUGGAGGGCUUGUCUUCGGCCAGCGUGUCGGGGCCGCUUUGGUGGCGUGCGUGUCGGGACUAACGGAAAGGCCAAGGUUCCUUUUGUCCAAGGGAGGCAUCACGUCAAGCGAUGUGGCCACGCAAGCACUUGCGAUGAAGAGGGCGGAGGCAAAUCGCGUUAUGGGGCAGAUUCUACCGGGCGUACCCGUGUGGUCCAUGGCCGACGACAGCAGAUGGCCUGGUUUGCCGUUGGUGGUGUUCCCAGGCAAUGUCGGAGGAAAGGAGGCGUUAGUCGAUGCGAUGAUUAAGCUCGGAGCGCGGCCUAAGUCCGAUCGGUCUGCGGGCGGACACCUUACCACAGAUCCAGUCCAACAAGAACAAGAGGUGUUGUACCCCUUCGUGGGAGGAUCAGGUCAAUGCAACCGCACGCUGGAUGUCUUAGCAGAGGCAAGGGGUCGGGGCGCGGCGGUAGGAGCGUUCACCGUGUACAACUUGGAAGGAAUUCAUGCCGUGAUACGGGCAGCGGAGGCUACCGGGCGUUCCGCAAUCCUUCAGGCGCACCCGGCCGCCUUGGGGUUCCAGAGAGGGGUUCCUCUGCUCUCAGCUGCAGUACUGGCGGCCCGUAUUUGCGGCAAGAAUGGUGGCCCGUUGUUGGCGGUGCAGUUAGACCAUGGCACAGAUGAGGAUCACGUUGCGGCUGCUCUCGAAGCGGGCGUCGACAGCGUCAUGAUCGACGGCAGCGCCAUGGAAUACGAAGAAAACGUAGAAUGGACGGCACGCAUGGCUGAAUUGGCACACGGUGCUGGGGCGGCAGUAGAAGCUGAGCUGGGUAAGCUGGCCGGAGAAGAAGACGGACUGAGCGUGCCUGAGGUCGAGGCCAAGAUGACCGAUCCAAAGCAGGUGCCGGACUUUCUUGCGAGAACAAGAGCGGAUAUCCUCGCUGUUACGGUGGGAAACGUUCACGGCCGCUACGCCAGGUCCGACCCACGCCUGGAUCUCGCACGACUCGGUCUCGUCAAGGCCGCCGCCACGGAAGCCUCGCCUUCGAUGUUGCUGAGCGCUGUCCCGUCUGCCCCGCAAGCUGCAGGCAGAUCUUCGAGCACCGCGACUUUUCUUGCCAUUCACGGCGCGUCCGGCUUGCCAGACUCGCAAGUGAAGGCCGCAACUUCCUUAGGGGUGUGCAAAUACAACGUCAAUACCGAGGUCAGGACGGCCGCCAUCGAGGGCUUGCGGGCGGUGGUAGGAGAGGCUAGUGGCGCCAAGGCAGACUAUUUGGCGGUGAUGGACGCAAGCGUGGGGAACAUGACGGCUGUGAUCGCACAAAAAAUGCUCGGCUUUGAUGAUCCCAAGUAAAUGUAUUUUGGAGUGCUUGCGAUAGGGUGCCGAACUGUCGGACUCGAGAGGUUCCUUAACUGCAGGGUUCGCUGCCAUUGCACUGGGCGCGGACCAGCCUGUCAACCGCAGGUCGGGUCACAUUCUUGAUCGUGUCGGUUUUGGACGUCAGUGGGAUCCGAUCUGCACAGACGACCCGUGCUGGUCCUUUGUCUCCUGCCUUGUGUCUCUACACGUACUUCCGACGCUACGGUAUCGAGCAAUACGGUUUGCACGCGCGGUUCUUUUAAAGGCGUGGGAGGCUGAAGGGCAUAAGAAUAAACCCAAAUGAUAUCUGAGAGAUCUAGGUGAACUACGCGGCCUCCACCGCAAAGCUGUUUUGUCGCUUCCUCUCUUUUCGAAGACACGGGUAGCAGCAACGAAAACACUGGCGUUGGCACCAUACUCAUGGCUUUUAUCGGAGUGGUAUCGAUGGUGGCGAGCGCAAUCAUUUUUGGAGCCAGCCGUCAAUAUUGUUUCUUUACAGAAAACGUUCGGCAGAUGCCGCUUGAAAACCCGAAUGAAAUCGAAUAGGUGGUUAGGAGGUCUCGUAGAUGUUGCUCUUGAGCGGAAAAGGGUGCAGCUCAUGGACGUUUUCUAUCUACGGGAGGUGCACGCGCGCAUGGGGCUGCGUGCGAGACACAGAAGCGAGUGAAGGGAGUCGGUUUCGGUUGUCACAUUUGCGGUGGUGUGCUGUUUGCUUGCUGUGUAUGCGUCAUUUCCGCUUUGAGGUUUGUUUUUCGAUGUUUUGCUGAUACACGUAAACAUUUUUUCGCGAGUGUUAUUGUGUGCUCGAUUCUUCUGUUCCUUCCUUGCCAGUAGUGCUUCGUUGACAGGGUUGGCGUUAGGGCCUCCUUCGGGGCAAGGUGUCCGGCUUCACCAAGAAACAUGUGGAAGUAUAUAAACCGCGCCGUCCUCUGACGCAUGCAGUGCAGUGUCACAGCAGUGUUUUCGUUCAUCCAGAGGUUAUCGUUGUUAAUGUUGUUGGACCGCGGACCCAUGUAGACGAUGCAUGGUGUGUUUCGUUCUGCAUGAAUCUGGCCUCCUUUGCUUGUACAUGUCGUUUGGUUGCUCAGCCGAAGUUGUGGAGAGCUGCAUCGUACUCAGCGGGCUUGUGGUAUCACCGGUCGGGUCGGCGAGAUGCUCCGAAAUAGUGAGUUUUUGAACACUCGUCGUGUGCGGACAGCUAUGCAAUCCAUAAUCAGUCUUUGUUUUCCCUUUUCGUCUUCAUUGCCUCGCCUACUGUAGCGUGUAGAGGCGAGCGGAGGGUUCUAGGCCAUCUGUCGUUGACUGCUAUUGACUUGCAGACCUUUCGGGUCCAAUUUGCUGGUCAAGUUAGCAUGCGGCCACCGGAAUCGACCGCGUCAAGUGCUAGACUAGUACGGACAGAUGA